CUCCUAUUUUUCAUUACACGUAUUUUCUUUUUAUUUGCUUGUUUUCAGCUUGUUUUGUUUACAUAUUUGACUUUGACACUAUUGACAAGUUUCAUUAUGAAAAUGUCACCUGUCAAACGAUUUGCACAAAAAAAGAAGGAGAAUUUUGUAACCAGAAAGGUAAACGUCAAAAUGAAUAAAAUUUUUCGAAAAUUCAAUGUGAAAACUACAGUUCUUAAUUUAAGUUCAAGAAGAUUUAUCAAUUAUGUUAGUGGAGGGCUGUAUGAACCUAGUUAUCUGGAAGCAAUGAAAUCCAAAAUACCUCUGCAUGACUUGAUCAACAUACAAUUGAAAGGCUACGACUAUCCUGUUCUGGAAAACUAUCAAAAAUUCCUUCACCACCUUCUGAAAAACAUGGAAGUCAAUGUAGAAGAAUGUUGGGCUGCACCAGCCCAACACAUGCAGAUUUCAGCCUACAAACCAAAAAGUGAAAUAGUGAAUGCCCAAUACAACUUGAUGAUUUAUGAAAGGACCCUCCAGAUCACUGACAUCUCAUCAUUUCAGUUGCCCCUUAUAAUUAGAACAAUAGAAACCAGUUUACCAGCUGGUGUCACAGUCCAGGUGAAACCACAUGAAGAAUAUGAUGAAGAGGUUAGGUAUAUUCCUGAUAAAGAAUUGGAUACCCUCAAACAGGAAUUGGAAGAAUUGGGUGGGCCAUCAAAGACUAAGAAAUGA